ACAUAGGUACCUAUCACAUYCGGCCGAGUGACGAUUUCGACGAUUUGUCAAAAGGAACAACAAAUGACGUUCAACGCAGACAACACACGCAAGAAAAGGCUUGCCAACAAGGCCAACCAAAACCAAGACGACGAAAACUACAACAACRACGAAAACAACGACGAUGAUGCGAGCGAGGGCRGCGUCCCUGGUGGCCCUGCCGAUGGCCCUCGUUGCGAGGCGGGGCAGAACACAAGGACUCGCCGCGAUGGCGACAGCGGCCUUUUGCGUGUUUCCGGGAUGCGGUGGUGGCGGUGGUUCCUCCCCUUGGGUUGCGGCACAAGUGCACCCACCGUCCCCCGGUGAAUUCCGCGGAUUGCGCUACCAUUCGUUCCACCCGCUGCCACCGAUGGGGCCGAGGGGCGGCGGGGAGGCACGCGGGAACACACCAACGACAACCACACAAAGAACAACAUCGUCAUCGUCAUCAUCAACAACAACAACAACAACAUCAACAACAAGAACAACAACGGCGUCCCUGUCGGAGGUCCUCCGAAGACUGGCGGCGCGCUUGGACGAGCCGGUUCCCCUCAGRGCAAACCCCGCGGCACCUUCUGCUUCUGCUGCUGCUGCUGCUGCCACAGCGGGAAACGCCGCCGACCCCCGGCGGCUGGCGGAACUCGCCGACGAGCUGGCCAGGGGCUAUCCUUCGCUGCCCCCGCUCCGGCCGAUCGGAGARAACGWAAAGAAAGACGGCGAAAACAGCCACCACGGCCCCCCUCUCUGCGAGCGGGGCUCGGUGCUGGACAUUCUGGCACGCGAGUGCCGCCCGGGGGAGGAGGCCGUCCUGGCCGCCGCGGAAGACUACUGCGGGGGCAACAACCACCACAACAACAACCACAACCACAACACCCGCAAGAGCCAUUCCGGAAGGAGGGACCGCCUCGAACGCCUCCGGGGGGCCACCACGCCUUCCCACGAAAGGAUCCUCGACCUCGUUAUGAAGCGCAACGCCCUCUCCGGGAUGGCCUUUCUGGUCGCCCUCCGGGAAGACCUCCUCACGACGAUCCGGUCCCUGAAGCGCCGCAAGAACCAGAGGGCCUCUUCGUCUUUUGCCUUUGAGCUGGGGUGCUACGAGGACCUCGACGCCUCCUUCCGAAGGRUCCUGGAGCGGUGGUUCGCCCCGGGCCUGCUGGUCCACGAGCGGAUCACCUACGAAUCGACCCCCGCUUCGGUCGUCGAGGUUGUGGCCCGGACCGAGGCCGUCCACCCGUUCAAGGGCCUCCCCGACCUCCGGGAGCGACUGUCGGAAUCCAGCCCCAAGCGCGCCUUUGGCCUCUUCCACCCGCUCCUCCAAGGGAGGCCGCUGGCGGUGGUCCACUGCGCGCUGCUGCCCGGCGGGAGAAACGGAGGCGGCGACGACGACGACGAACCGAUCCACGGCCUGCCGGUCUGCAUGGAGGACGUGUUGCGGGGGAGGGGCCCUGCCUCCGCCGGCCGUCCGUUCGAGGGUUCUUCGAACGAACGCGGGGACGACCCGGGGGUGGCCGCCUUUUACUCCAUCAGCAACUGCGUCGGGGGGCUGGCGGGGGUCGGCCUGGGGGAAUACCUCCUCAAGGAAACCGUGGGGGCCCUCAAGGACGAGUUCCCCUCUCUGGAGGUCUUUGCGACACUCUCCCCCGUCCCGGGCUUUCGGAAAUGGAUCGGCGUCCAGUGCCUUCUCAAGCAGCAGCAACAGCAACAACAGCAACAACAACAGCAUUCGGGGGACGAUCUGAUCUCCCAYGACAACCGCAGGUCCUUGCUGGAAUGCGGCCUCGUCUCUUCCCUAGACCCCUUUCCGUGGGGAGAGUUYCUGGACACCCUCGAGCAGCUCGAUGCCGCGGACCUGCGAGAGGAGGCCGAUCCAAACGCCAAAGAAAAGGCCAAACACAAGACAAGAACAACAACAACAACGACGACGACGACGACGACGAACACCGGAGGCACCCUCUCGAAACCCCAGCGCCUCGUCCUCCGAACCGUCCUCCUGGGGCUCCUGGCGCGGUACCUGGCGCUGGAGAAGCACCGGGGCAAGCCCCUGGACAGGGUCUGCGGCUUCCACGUCGGGAACGGGGCCGAGCUCCAUUCCAUCCGGUACGGGGCCGACCUCUCGGGGGCCGGCCUCUCCAAGAGCUAUUGCCUCAUGGUCAACUACCUGUACGACCCCGACCCGGACCGUUUGGCGGAGCGCCAGCGGGCCUUUGAGUCCCCACAGCGGACGGUCCCGGUCGGCAAGGGCGUGCGGCGGUGGCUGGAAGGGUGAGUGAGUGAGUCUGGCGGGUGACGUGCGGUGCGGUGCGGCAGUCCCGGGUCCGUGCGAUUGCACCGGAAGCAAGCGUCCACGGGGAAACCGAUACAGUACACCCACAGAUGUUACCAAGAGACAACAAACAAACAAACAAACAAACA